AGGUCUACGUCGACAACCUGCUAACUGGAGCCUCCACCGUCGAAGCUGCCAAGAACAGGAAGGUAGCGAUAGAGACACUCGCCUCCAAAGGGGGAUUUCGGUUCCGCAAAUGGACCUCCAACGACGCACGAGUGCUGGAAGGAGUCCCAGCCGAAGAUCUGGAGUGCCCGUUCCUCGACGACCCAGAAAAUCCACGCUACUCUCUUCUCGGACUGCACUGGGCGUCCAAGAGAGACCUUUUUACCUACCUCAUUCGCUUGGACACAGACGCCAGGACAAAGAGAGGAGUGUUGUCCGUUGUGGCGUCCAUCUAUGAUCCUUGCGGCUGGCUUAGCCCCGUCGUCUUAGGCGCCAAAACCUUCAUCAAGGAGCUGUGGAACUUGCCGCUAGAUUGGGACACUCCGCUCCCUCCCAACGUACAGCAGAGAUGGGACUCUUUCACCGCCGAACUCUCAGCACUCACACAGGUCACCGUUCCGCGCUUGAUGCACCGCCCCGCCCCUAGCUAUCAGAUUCACGGUUUCUGUGAUGCUAGCAUCUGUGGGUACGCCGCCGCUCUGUAUCUCCGCUCCGCCGCUAACGAAACCGCAAGCACAGCGAAAGUCUCGCUAAUCAUCGCCAAGACUCGCGUCGCCCCUAAGAAGGAAGUCACAAUUCCACGCCUAGAGCUUUGCGCAGCUGUACUCCUGACUCGUCUUUUUGAAGCGUAUCUCCCUCUACUACUUGACUUUGCUCCGGAAAAAGUCGUAGGUUGGUCUGACUCCACGAUUGUGCUAUCUUGGAUAGCUUCGAAUAGCCGACUCGACACGUUCGUCGCUAACAGAGUAGGGAAGAUUCGAGACACAACAGCGUCCGUUACCUGGAAGUACGUGCCGUCAGAGUCUAACCCCAGCGAUCCCGCCUCCAGAGGAAUCCCACCCUCUGAGCUUCCCGCGCACCCGCUCUGGUGGGAAGGCCCACCAUGGCUGACCCUCCCAGAAAGCGAGUGGCCACCGCACCCGGAUCUUAUCCCAGAAAAGGAUUUACCCGGGGUCUUACCCGCAGCCACAGUCCUGCUGGCGACCGUGGCUCCACAGAACUUAG